AAAGGUGUGGGUGUACCUGCACGUUAAGAUGGAGAAGGCACUUUUUGCGCGUUAUCUUCUGUACUGCGUAGGAUUAGAGAAACCGUGAGUUGGCAGGCCCGUGAAACUCGGCGGUGGGCAUCACCGCUGCGGGUGAGAAAGAGUUGCUGCUGACAGCCAGCGUAGGCUGGAAGUGGGUCAGCGGAUUCCGUGUGGAUCCAGUCAGAAUUGGCCUCCACGGACCCAUUGUUAAAACCGUGUUUAUGGGAGACAAUCUUACUCGGCUACGAGUGAUCGCCAAAGAAGAAGAAGACAUAAUUUUCAGAUGGAAGGAAACCAGUGUGUUGCCUCUGCAAUCUCAAGCCUUAUGACUCCUAUAGCCCAGCCUGUCACUGCCAAUUCAAGUAAUACAUUUGGGGUGGACUUUCCAAGAAAACGCAAAGGAAGUGAUUCUGAUAACCAGUAUGCCUGUGAUACUGAUGAUCUCCAGAACAGGGCAUAAAGUAAUACCUGAGUGAGUGGAAGAUCCCACAGAGACUGGCAUAUCCCUAGUUCUCGUGCAUGUGUACUGGGAGGCUCAUAGCCAAACAGAGAAACGAAGAAGAGACAAAAUGAAUAACCUCAUAGAAGAACUAUCUGCUAUGAUACCUCAGUGCAAUCCAGCGGCCCGUAAAGUGGAUAAACUCACAGUAUUAAGGAUGGCUGUGCAGCACUUAAAGUCAUUGAAAAGUUCUUCUAAUUCUUGCUCAAAAGUCCGCAACAAGCCUUUUUUUUUACAAGAUGAUGAACUUCAACACUUAAUUCUUAAGGCUGCUGAUGGGUUCCUCUUUGUGGUUGGAUGUGACAGAGGGAAAAUCCUGUUUGUUUCAGAAUCUGUUUUCAAGAUCCUUAACUAUGACCCAACGAGUUUGAUUGGGCAAAGUCUUUUUGACUAUCUUCAUCCAAAGGAUGUUGCCAAAGUGAAGGAGCAACUUUCAUCUUCUGAUGCUUCUCCCAGAGAAAAGCUAAUAGACAGCAAAACCGGUUUGCAAGUUCACACAGAUUUUCAAGCUGGGUCAUCAUGUCGUCUGUAUUCUGGUGCUCGCCGUUCAUUUUUUUGUCGAAUAAAGUGUAUAAAAACCACAGUGAAAGAAGAAGAUGAGUCCUUGCCAAACUCAAAGACAAAAGAUCUUAAAAAGUACUGUACUGUUCAUUGCACCGGGUAUCUGAAGAGCUGGCCUCCGAAUGAAGUGGGAGCUGAAGAGGAGAGUGAUGCUGAAAAAGACAACAGUAACUUUAACUGCCUUGUUGCAAUUGGGCGAUUACACCCUUACACUGUUCCACAAAAAAGCGGUGAGAUAAAAGUCAAGCCAACAGAAUUUGUAGCACGUUUUGCCAUGGAUGGAAAAUUUGUUUUUGUAGACCAGCGUGCAACAGUUAUUUUAGGAUACUUACCACAAGAGCUUCUAGGAACUUCAUGUUAUGAGUACUUCCACCAAGAUGAUUAUAGUCAUCUAACAGAGAAACACAAAGCGGUGCUUCAGAGCAAAGAAAAGAUAUUUACAAACUUCUACAAAUUCAGAGCAAAAGAUGGCUCUUUUGUCACGUUAAAAAGUCAGUGGUUUAGUUUCAUAAAUCCAUGGACCAAAGAACUGGAGUACAUUGUGUCAAUCAACACAGUUGUUUCAGAUCAUAAUGAAUCAGAUGAGGAGGCACUGUUACCCUGCAGUUCCCUGUCUCCAGAAGAUACAACAAAGCCACCAUAUCUUGGUGUACCAGGGAUGUCUACAGGAACUGUACUUGGGGCUGGAAGCAUAGGAACUGAAAUUGCAAAUGAAGUCUUAGAUUUACAAAGGUUACAUACAUCUCCACCUCCUGGCGAGUUAAGUCCAUCAGAUCUUAUGAGGAAGUCUUCUUCCCCAGUAGACUGUAGUGAUGUGCCAAAGAGAGACAUUCUUCAGCUGUGUCCUUCAGGAAAAUUAGAUGUGGAAACCUCAGGGCAACACCAGGGCACUAUUCCACUCCCCAACAAUGAACCUCUUCUCAGUGAUGCUUCUCACCUGGAUUUUGAUGCAGUUUGUCAAAGCGACACUGCAAUGGCUGCUUUUAUGAAUUACUUGGAAGCUGAAGGAGGUAAUCCAGCAGAGCUCAGUGACAUGCAAUGGACUCUUUCGUAAAGGUAAAGGGACCCCUGACCGUUAGGUCCAGUCAUGACCAACUCUGGGGUUGCAGCGCUCAUCUCACGUUAUUGGCCGAGGGAGCCGGCAUACAGCUUCCAGGUCAUGUGGCCAGCAUGACUAAGCCACUUCUGGCGAACCAGAGCAGCACACGAAAACGCCGUUUACCUUCCCGCUGGAGUGGUACUUAUUUAUCUACUUGCACUUUCAUGUGCUUUCGAACUGCUAGGUUGGCAAGAGCUGGGACCGAGCAAUGGGAGCUCACCCCGUCGCAGAGAUUCGAACCACCAACCUUCUGAUCCGCAAGCCUUAGGCUGUGUGGUUUAACCCAUAGCACCACCUGCGCCCCAUGGACUCUUUAGUAUUACACAGCUAAGAAGGAAUUUAAGCUACUUUGAUGCACAAUAAUAAUAAUCUGUUCUCAAGUACUGUACUAGUACCUUUUUAAGACUUUAAUUCAAAUUUUUCAAUAUCUAUAUUUUAAAAUGACUUUGGCCUUAUCCUCAGUCAUUUUGGCUGCAUAUGUUGAAAAUAUGUGAUUUUUAAAAAAUGACACAGGACCUCAAUUUUGUUACUGAUACACUUGUUGACCGGAAUCUUAAAACAGUUAUAUUUUUACUAAAAAAUUUU